UUAACAAAUUCUAUACCAAGAAGAAAAUUCCAGGGGUUCUCUCGGUACAAUAACUUUUUUUUUUUCUUUUAAAAAUGAAACUAACAAGUUCUUUAUAUUGUUCUUGUUGGGUUUACACGUUGUAAACAAAUCAGACAACCUUGGAAGAAAAUCCUAAAAAAACACCCAGUUUUCCUUUUGAAUCCAUAUACCAAACAAAGAUGGUAAAUUCCCAGAUUAGAUAGUUCUAGGAUCCGGAGAUAAAGCCAUUUCAAACGACAGAGAAAGGACAUAGUAGUCAAAGGGGAAAAUACAUUUUAUGUACAGAAAUAUGUGCAACCGGGUCUUUUGCUGCUAUAUGGCACUUGAUGCUUCACCAUUCUCCAAAAAAAAAAAAAGAAAAAAAAAGAACCGCCACGUGGAGUUCUUGGACAUUGACACCUCUCCCAUGCACGCCGCUGCGGGUGUUUUGGGAGAGAAAAGAGCAAAACAAACGAGGAUCAGAGAAGAUAUCACAGGCAGAGAAUUUUUGUCAACAAAGAAAACAAAGGUGUUGAUUUAAAGGAAAAUGGAGAACAUUAUGAAGAAAGACACACCCAGUUCUACUAUCAGCACUCAUCAAAGCAACCAAAAUUUUGAUUCAGGCACUGCUCUCCAGCUCUUCUUUGAUCACAUUCCCAUCAGUUCAAUCCCCGGCAUCAGAAACUCACCUGUAUUGGAAUUGAAAACUGGUGAUUGUGUAAGAGAUGCCAUCAGUUUGCUGUAUGAGAAGAAUGCAUUUGGUGCACUGGUUGCAGAUAAUGCAACAGAUGAAUUUUCAGAAUGUUAUAUUGGUUUCAUUGAUUUUGCAAGCAUGGUUCUCUGGUGUCUUGAGGAAUUUGAAAAGGUGAGAUACCAUAACAGACACAGACACAAAGGAACUGAAGAGACUGACCACAUUGCUCCAUUUUUCUCAAUACUUGAACGGUACCCACAUAUUGGGCAUACUAAGAUUGGAGAGCUGGCUAAAUCAUUCUUAUUGGAUCCAUUUUUCCCUGUUAACUUAGAUGACACACUCUUCCAUGUUCUGCUGCUUCUUUCAAAGCAUCGGCUGCAAGUUGUUCCGGUCAUAGAGCAACCCAAUUCUCAGGUCAUUGGUUUUAUUACACAGAAUGCAGUUAUGCAGUUCCUUCUUCAAUCAAGUGGUUUAGACUGGUUUGAUCGCAUUGCUGACAAAGCUUUGACAGACUUCUGGUAUGUAUUUAUUGUAUAUUUUAUACAUCAAUACAAUAAUAUAUUCCAAAUUUACGACUACUUGGUUAAUCUCCACCCAUUUUUUUCAUACAGGUUUGAGCACAAAGAACAUGCUGUACAUGUAUAUGGAGACCAAAGCAUAACGGAAGCUCUACAUACAUUGUGGAAAAAUCGAACAGGUGUAAUUGCUGUAACAGAUCGAGAAAGCAAGAGGCUCAUUGGCAGUGUGAGAAACAGUGAUGUCUACCUUCUUCUUGAGAGUGAAAAUCUCCUUCACGAUAAAAAGACUACCGUGGAGGAAUUCAUUCACAUGGAGAGUCAUAACGGAGCCUCUGAUCUGAAUGUUGAACAAGACCUUGGGAUUCUUCUCUCAAAAGAGAUUCUUCUUCUAAGGAAAUACUUCCUUCCGAAAAUGACCUUGCCGGUCACCAACAAAGAAACAGAUACACUGAGGCAAGCCAUGAAGAACAUGUCAGAUACAAAAAGCAGCUUCAGCCUUCUAGUUGAUGAUACACAACAAGCCACGGGGCUGCUCACAUUGAGAGAUAUAAUCAUUCAGUUUGCUCCUCCUUGCAUAGACUCGGGCAUCCAUGGAGUUGGUUUUUUUGAAUUUGCUCUGGAACAAGCUGGGUGUCAUGUAAACAAUGGACAUGUAAUUUGUGAUCGAUAACUUCAUUUAUAUAGCCAUUAAUUAAUGUA